UCUGGUAUGCGGGCGUCUUGUUGGUGGCGGCUAGCUAAUGGGGGGAGGGGGGAGAUUUGCGAGGGAUUCAGUUUUGAAAGAGCCGCGCCGUUUCCGAGAUGCCCUUUUUUUUUUUUUUUCCUUCUCGCUGACUGCUCGUCCUCCGGGGGUUCCGCUACGCAGAUUACACUGAUAGGAUUCGUCUUCUUGGUUGUGAACUAUUUGAUGGCACUGCUGUAUGCCUGCAUCUGGUCGUCCACGAUGCCUCCAUGGUGGUUCCACUUGCUCUGCGUGCUGAACAUGUUUAUCUACCAGACGAUGGACAACUUGGAUGGAAAGCAAGCUAGGCGGACGCGCACAAGUUCGGUUUUCGGAGAGAUCUUCGACCACGGAUGCGACUCUCUGUUCUUGGCAUUCACCAUUCCCAGCUGGCAUCUAAGUCUUGGAUCGAACUCCUGGACAUCCCUUUACCACCUGAUCGCCAGCGCCGUCGCAUUCUAUAUGGCGCACAUGGAGGAAUACUACACGAGAGUUCUGAUCAUGGGACCAAUUCAAAAUCCGACAGAAGCACAAUUUUUUAUUUUUCUUAUUUACAUAUUGACUUCCGCUUUUGGAUCGAAGAUGUGGACGAAACCCCUUUUCACUGCGCGCGACGAAGUUCAGCUCGACUCACUCCCAUGGAACCAAGAUAAGCAGAUCGCCCGUUCCUACACGUUCCGCCACGUCGACUUGGUCAGCGCCAUCGUCACCGUCGCCGUCUCCGUCGCCACCGUCUCCAACUUCAAGCGGUCGUUGUCUAUUUUUUGGUCUCGGCGGAGAGCGAAGCACCCGCGCGUCGAAAACAAUGCCGCAUUCGCCAAAAGCGGGCGCUCGUCGUUCAACAGCUCCACCUCGUCUCCACGCGACCGCAAUUCCAAAACUCCUUCCUCAACCGUCGAACAACCCUCCAAAUUUCCAGGCAGAGCUCCCGCAGACGCCCCCCUUCCAACACUUCAAGACCAUCUCCAGCACCCCUUUUUGGUCUUUAUGCCCAUGCUCAUCCUAAUGGGCUCCAUUCUUUUCUGGGCUCUCUGGUCACCCACGAACAUUUUUGACCGCCAUCCCUUUUACUUCUAUGCUAUCUACAGCCUCGUCUCUUCCUAUCUAUGUAUUAAACUCAUCUUAGCAAGGAUAUGCAAAACAAAGCUCCGAGUCUCUGCCCUGGUCCUCGUUCCUCUUCUCGGAAUGGCCAGCGCUCUCUCGCUCAGCUCGUCGUCCGCACCAAUCAUAUCAGAGGAAACCAUUCUGUACACCUCUCUAGGACUGACCAUGUUCAUUUACUGGCACUUCGUCACCUCAGCCUUUCUCCAGUUUCGCGAGCACUACCACACUAAGUUUCUAACUAUUCAUACUCCUAGAAAAAGCAGCCGACCAGAACCCCUUUCAUAA